AUGAAGUUUUGUGGCAUUUUGCUAUUCUGGCUGUUGGCAGGGCUUAUCAAUGCACAAACUCCGACAAAUUACCUUCAUCCAAGCGGAGCAUCAUGGGACUUUGUCGUCAUUGGCGCAGGAUCUUCUGGAAGCAUUGUCGCUUCUCGUCUUUCUGAAGUAUCAUCCCAAAAAGUACUUUUAAUCGAAGCUGGCGGCAACACAAUCCAAUUAUUUUCGAAAAUUCCCUUAGCUUCUGUGAUGCAACAACGCGAUCCAGUCUUCGAUUGGGGAUACACGAACGAAGUUGAGCCCAAUACAUGUCUCGCGAUGGAAGACCAAAAAUGUGCUUAUCCCCGCGGCAAAGGUCUCGGCGGUUCGUCACAAAUUAACGCGAUGAUGUAUGCGCGUGGCAUUAAGGCUGAUUUCGAUAAAUACGUAGCUGAUGGCUUGACAGAUUGGACUUAUACCUCAAUUAUGGAUAAUUUCAAGAAACACGAGCAAUAUAGCUCUGCAGGAGGCAGCGGAGUCAUAACUGGCUCAGCUCAUGGCUCAUCGGGUCCGGUUAUGAAUGAAUUUGCACGUUUUCGCACGGAACUUGGAAAUGCUUUUGUUGCUGGAGGAGUUUCGCUGGGCAUGACACAUCUCGAUUACAACUCUGUAAAUGUCGAUUUGGGAAAUGCCAUAUCGUAUUUGCAGUCAAACACUAACAAAGGAGCUCGGGAAAAUGUCGGAAUUAAUUACAUUACCAAUAGAGCAGCUUCUCGUUCGAAUUUUAAUGCAACUUACAACUCGCAUGUCACGAAAAUUGUCAUAAAUCCAUCGACGAAAGUAGCUACGGAGGUUCUUUUCCAAAAAGGAAGCGUUUUGUAUCGUGCUCCUAUCGUAAAAGAAGUCAUUUUGUGUGCCGGAGUUCUAAAUUCUCCGAAAAUUUUGAUGUUAAGCGGAGUUGGACCUGCUGCGACACUUGCUACACAUUCAAUUCCUCUCAUUGCGGACUUACCUGUGGGUCAAUACAUGACAGAUCACGUUACAAUCACUGCUCCGAUCUACACAACGAACACAACUGGCAAAGAUGUCAACUUUGACGUAAUUUUUGGCGCGACUUUCACAUGGCUCUUUACCGGAGGCACACAAAUGUGCAUGCCUAAUGGCAUCGAAAGUGUUGCUUUUGGUCGAGUUCCGGGCUCUACGCAACCUGCUGGCGUCCCGGAUUACGAAAUGAUGUUUACAGCAGCUUCUUAUGUCACAGACGACGGAAAAUAUCAACGGAAAAAUCAUCGCAUCACAGAUGCUUACUAUUCGCAAAUCUUUGGCAAUUUGGCGGCAAUGAAUAAUGACACGAUGUCUGUCGCUUGUAUGGUUCUUCAUCCCCAAUCUGUCGGAUAUAUGACAAUUCGUGACAACAAUCCCUUCAGUAAUCCCAAACUUCAUCCAAAUAUGCUUUCCAACCCAGCUGAUGCCGAUGUUCUUUUGGGUUGCAUUAAGCAUGCUAAAGCCAUUUUCAACUCGGAUCCCAUGAAAAAAUACGCUCCGCAACUUUAUCAUCUCAACAUUCCCGAAUGCAAUGCUUAUGGUCCUGACUCCGAUGCGUAUUGGAAAUGUACAUUCAAGUAUUUGGCAACGUCAAUGUAUCACAUGGUUGGCACAUGUCGCUUGGGUCCAGCAACGGGAGAUCCAACAACAGUCGUUACGCAAGAUUUCAAGGUCAAGGGAUUCCCGAAUUUGCGCGUUGCUGAUGGAUCUAUUCUCAGAUAUGCGAUUUCGGGACAAACUGCUGCUGCAUCGAUGAUGGUUGCGGAGAAAGCUGCCACGAAGAUUAGAGCUGAUCAUGGACUUUAA